AUGCCCAAUUCCCCGGAAGACAUGGCGAACAGGGCUCCUGUCCCAGGCACGGCGCAUCUCGUCGACUUGGAUCAUAACCUGCAAACUCGUCACUCAAGAAGUGAUGGCGACAUAAUCUUGAUCCCUUCGCCCUCCAACGACCCUAAUGACCCCUUGAAUUGGGCUCCCCGGCGCAAGUUGCUCUCCCUUCUGUGUCAGAACUUGUUUACUUGGUUUACCGGAAUCGCUGUUUCUAACGUAUACUCGGUCCUGGUGCCGCUUUCUGGAGCGACUGGUGUCUCCAUCGCUACCCUCAAUGAGGGGACCGGGUACAUGUACCUAUUCCUGGGAUGGGGUCUACUAUUCUGGCAGCCCUUUUCGGCUUGCUAUGGCAAGCGUCUCUGCUAUCUUCUUUCCGUGAUCGGUGCCAUUGUAAGCAAAUCGCCUCAUCGGAGCGACGGGGAAUGGAUUGCCAAGUCUAUUCUGCAAGGAUUCUUCAUCUCACCGAUUGAAGCCCUUCCUGAGAUCUCCGUUACCGAUAUUUACUUCACUCACGAGCGCGGUACAUAUAUGGGAAUUUACGCCCUUUCCCUGGCUGGGAGCAAUUACUUUGCGCCUGUCAUCUGUGGCUUCAUCGCAGAAUACCAAGGAUGGGCGUGGGUGUUUUACUGGCCUGCAAUUUUCCUCGCUGCUGCUUUCGUCUUCCUCUUUCUUUUCAUGGAAGAGACAAACUACCACCGGGUGCAAUCUGCACAGGAAACCCGAAUCCAAACAGGACCGGUAACUAAUACAGACCGCAAGGCCAAGGAUCUCCUGGCCAGUGAGAAGAUCGACAUUCCACCUGCGAGUACAUCCUUGGCUGAAAAUGGUGAAGUUUAUGCGGCACCAAGAUCCUUUGUUCAGAAGCUGGCCGUUUGGUAUCCAAGCCCAGGCCAGAACAUGCUACAACGCGUAGUCAGGGCACUCACCUUUCUUUCAUGGCCUGUCAUAUUUUAUGCCGGCUUCUCUUACGGUUCUUACCUUAUCUGGUUCAACGUUCUCGGUGCUACUGCCUCUAUCGUUCUAUCAGGGGAGCCGUACAACUUUUCUUCCUCCAUGGUCGGACUUAGCUAUCUCUCCUGCUGCGUUGGGGUGAUUGCGGGAUCCUUGACCUCGGGCAGGUUGAGCGACUGGCUGACCAUCAAGCUCGCCCGCCGAAAUAAGGGCAUCAUGGAGGCGGAGCAUCGUCUGUGGCCCUUCAGUCUAUGUGUGAUCAUAGUGCCAAGCUCCCUGAUUCUCUGGGGUGUCGGUGCUCAGCACGGGAUUCACUGGAUGGGCCUCUGUGUUGCAAUGGGAUGCCUGGCCUUUACCAUGACAAUGGGCGUUACUCUCAGCGUAAACUACCUGAUCGAUAGCUAUCACGGCAUUAGUUCUGAUGCACUUGUUGCUGUGAUUAUCGUUCGAAAUACCAUGUCGUUUGCUAUCAGCUACGGCAUUACCCCAUGGAUAACCAACUUGGGCUACCAGAACUGUUUCAUCUCUGCCGCCUUCAUUGGCAUGGCUGCCUCAUCUGUCUUUCUAGUCAUGAUUAAAUAUGGAAAGUUGUUCCGGGUGAAGAGUGCUAGCAAGUACUGGAAGCUUGUUGACGAUGAUAUUGCGAGGGGACAGGUGGAAUAA